AUGGAACAACCAUCCGCUACCAAGCAAUGGCUGAUGACUGAGGAACUCGUCCAUGCAGCCAUGUCCAUUGCCAAUAUCACCGAAUUAGCACGCUGGGCGUCAGUCAGCACUCGUAUCUGCUCCAUUGUGAAAGGGAUUCUUCAGACACGCAUGAAGAAACAAAUUGAUAAAUUUAUCCCUCAUUCCGACCUCCUCGCCUUCUUUGUCCUGCUCGACAAAACGGAUAGUGCAGUCGGAGGUUCGGUUGCUCUGGCAGUCCUGACACCCAAAUGCAACUGGGAGCCAAGGGAUUUGAACAUCGUGGUGCCCCAGCAUGCUGCCGACCGCUGGACAGAUUUUUUCGGUUAUCACGGGUAUGACGGCGGAGAAAUCUGCCUGCACGAGUAUGGCACACGCGAGCAUCCCAGAUAUCCCAUCCUACAUACUGUUGUAGCAAAGACAGUGUUUCUCUUUACGCACCCAAUGCUGAAGCAAGAUAUCGUUAUCAUUGUCAGCAAUAGCGACACAUGCAUGACCCCCAUUAUCAGAGCACAGACUACAAGCCAGAUGAAUGCUAUCACUAGCAGCCAUGUCUACUGUCUCUACCCAUCUCUAACCGCUCAAAAGAUCGCGUUACGCGGUUACUACCCCCAUCCUUCCGACAAAUAUUUUCUGACUGCCCUCCUUACCAACCAUCACGACCAACUCAAAAAGCAAGCCCUGACAUACUAUGAAUCCAGUGCUGGUACAGGACAAAAAUGUGGCCUUGCAUGUGCCGAUAUAGAGCGUACUCUUCACGGAUGGAGGGGCGUCGGAGUAAUUCAGUGGGGGGGGUAUAUGGACUCCAAGCGAUCGGAAACAUCCCUUCUACCAUCCAACACCUUGCACGUUGCAUGGCAGCUGGGAGAAUGGUGUGAUAAUGUCUUGUGUGACAUGGCUAGAUCUAUCGUAGUACCGUCCAUUCCUCCAGUUUUGUAA